UGUAGGGCGACGGAGUACUUUCCUACUGACGCUGGCUCUCGGCUGCCCCGUGGGCUUCCUGGCAGCCUUCGCCGCCUCUCCCUCCAUCUUCAUACUGGGCCGGUCCCUGUGGGGCACAAUGCUGGGUGCCAUGCAACUCGCCCUCUACAUUACCCGUUUGGAGUUGUGUUGUCCUUCGCAACGGCUGCCGGUAGCCAUGGCAGGAGACCUCGUCCAGGUGGGAGGGCAGUUCCUUCUUCUGGGCCUGGCGUGGGUCUGCGGCGGUUGGCGCGUUCUACAAGGGGUGAUCUCAGCCGGAAUGGGGGUUUGCCUGCUGUAUGG